AGAGUUUGAUGUGGACAACCUCAGCAGAUCUGAACUGAGGAUGCUUCUGAGUGUUCUGGAAGGGGAGCUGGAGGCACGAGAUCUCGUCAUUGAAGCCUUAAGGGCACGGAGGAAGGAGGUUUUCAUCCAGGAACGGUAUGGGAGAUUUAAUCUUAGUGACCCAUUUCUGGCUUUGCAACGAGACUAUGAAGCAGGUGCUGGUGAUAAAGACAAGAAAUCCAUCUGUACCAACCCGCUCUCCAUUUUAGAAGCUGUUAUGGCUCACUGCAGAAAAAUGCAGGAGAGGAUGGCAGCUCAGUUGAUUGCAGCAGAAAACAGGCAAAAAAAGCUGGAAAUGGAGAAAUCACAGCUAGAAGCACUUGAAAUGGAGCAUAAGAAGCUCUGCACUCGUCUUGAAGAGGAGCGUGGCAAGAAUAAACACGUUGUCUUGAUGCUCGUGAAAGAAUGCAAACAGCUAUCCAGCAAAAUUGUCGAAGAGGCACAGAAGCUGGAAGAGGUCAUGGCCAAAUUUGAGGAAGAAAAGAAGAAAGCCAACGAACUGGAGGAAUCUCUUGCUGCAGAGAAGCAACGGAACACGCAGAUGGAGGCCCAAAUGGAGAAACAGCUUGCCGAGUUUGAUACAGAAAGGGAGCAACUGCAUGCCAGACUCGGUAGAGAGGAAGCUCACACCAGUGAUCUCAAAGAAGAGAGAGAGAGAAUGAGGAAAAUGAUUGAGCAGCUAAAAAAGGAAAAUGACAGUAAGUUGCACCUUUCGCUUCCACGUAAGAAUAAAGAAAGAGGUUCUGUUUCUGUCUCGGUUGGAACGGAGGGACCAACUCUGAGAACACUUGCCUGCCAGACAGAUGCAGCAUUAAUUGAUGGUGGAACUGAAACUCUUAGGAAGUUGCCUUUAACUGUACCUCUGAAGCCUUCAGCCGUCAACCCUUUGCUCCCUAGCCACACAAAGAUGAAUGUAGGUUCCAGUACAGGAUUUGUGAAGCCACCCAUUGACAGGCAUUCUUCCUGUAGUGACCUGCUCCUGUCCCCUGCAACUCCACAUCUGACUCAAGGUCAAAGCAGAAUCGAGGAGAACGGACCAAGUCCUUCAUCUGACUUCACAAGUCUACCUUCUCCUUUCCCUAAUAAUGUGGCUUCCUCCCCAGCGCCCAGUGUAGUACCUCAGAACUACUUGCAGACUUCAUCUAUGCACUCUCCUCAUUCUCCAUCCACCUGCGCGGCUGGGCAUCAAGGUCUGAAUCCACGUGUCCAGGCAGCUAGGUUUAGGUUUCAGACCAAUGCUAACGAUCAAGACCAAAAUGGGAACACUACCCAGAGCCCUCCAUCUCGAGAUGUGUCACCCACCAGUCGAGACAACCUAGUUGCCAAGCAGCUAGCUCGGAAUACUGUCACCCAAGUCCUGUCAAGAUUUACAAGUCCACAAGGUGCUGCAUCUGGACGGCCGGGAAUCUCACAUUCGAUAGACGUUGGCACUUACCCUCCCCCAGUUGGUAGAAUGAGCUUAAAGACUCCCAGCGUAUCAAGGAUUGACAGAGGAAACCCUCCACCCAUUCCUCCCAAAAAACCAGGUCUUUCACAAACUCCUUCUCCACCACACCCACAGCUUAAAGUAAUUAUGGAUAGUGGCCGCUCCCCUAACGUAGGUGCCAAAACCGAGGGCAAAACCCUAGUUUCACCUCCUUCCAGUUCACCUCAAGGAAUCAGGGUAAUAAAUGAGGAGGUUAUUUCUAAGUCCUCACCUCAGCUGCCACCAAAACCGACAAUAGAUAUAUCUGUGGCAUCUGCAGGCUGUGCCAUACCAGCCAUGGCCACAUCUCAGGUGGGUGCCUGGCCUUCCCAAUCCCCUGGACCAAGCCAACCUGCAUGUUCAGAAAGUUCCUUUGUCAUUCCCACCAUCAUUGCCUGUAGCUCCUCCAUAAACCCCAUUAGUGCUUCAUCCUGUAGACCAUGUGAUUCAGACAGCCUACUGGUAACAGCAUCAGGCUGGUCUCCCUCCCUAACCCCUUUAUUAAUGAGCGGUGGUCCUGUCCCCCUGGGUGGCAGGCCCACCCUUCUUCACCAAGCUGCUGCCCAGGGAAAUGUCACUUUAUUGUCAAUGCUGCUUAAUGAAGAAGGUCUGGACAUUAACGACUGCUGUGAAGAUGGCUAUUCUGCCUUGUAUUCUGCUGCUAUGAAUGGACACACAGAUUGUGUAAGAUUGCUGCUGACUUCAGAAGCACAAGUUGAUCCUGUUGAUAAAAAUGGUUUUACACCCUUGUGUUCAGCAGUUGCUCAGGGACAUUGCAAAUGUGCAGAAUUAUUAAUCAUGUAUCAUGCUGACGUUAAUCAUGCUGCUGAAAGGGGAGAGACACCUCUCUACUUGGCCUGUGCAAAUGGAAAUAAUGAAUGUGUCAAACUCUUGCUGGAAGCUGGAGCAGACAGAAGCACAAAAACCUGUGAUGGCUGGACACCAUUCCAUGCUGCUGUGGAUGCUGAUAAUGUUGAAUGCCUAAGAUAUCUUAUGUACUAUGGAAAACCAGAAAGUGGAAACUUUAAGAAUGAAGCAGAUGCUAAUCCAUGUAUCUUUGACCUGGAGUGUGAGGAAAACAGCUUUUACCAUAAUGCAAAGUCCAUUGUUUCUGCAGAUCUCAUCAACCAUGCUGACAAAGAUGGCUGGACCGCUGCUCAUAUAGCAGCUUCAAAAGGCUUUAAGAGCUGCCUAGAAGUCUUGUGUAGCCAUGGGGGACUGGAGGCCGAGAAAAAAGAUAAAUGCAAUCGAACAUUGCAUGACGUUGCUACUGAUGACUGCAAGCAUCUUCUAGAGAAUCUGAAUGCCCUCAAAAUACCUUUAUGGAUUGCAGUGAGUCAGGUAGAGCCACCCUGCUGUGACACAGAGGAUCGUGAAACAGAAAACACCAUAUGUGUGUUAAACAUCCGCAAGCAGACAGCCUGGGAUGAUUUUUCAAAAGCAGUGAGUCAGGCACUGACAAGCCAUUUCCAAGCAAUCACUUCUGAUGAAUGGAGGAGCCUAGAAGACUUGACACUUAAUAACACGGCAGAAUCUGGCAUUGGCCUCGCUGCAAGCAGUAUAUUAUCCAUCAAACUGGGCAAUGUUUCAUGGUCAAUAGGUCAGACCUUUCCCCUGCCCCCUUGGGAAUUUCUGAAAAGGAACCAGGUGGAACAUAUAAUCAUAUUUUUGCUUGGUCCCCAAGAAGGCUGUCUGCACAGUGUGAGUUAUGCAUCUAUGAUCCAUCUCCAGACAUUGCAGAAUUACCUCCGGCUGGUUGAACAAUACAGAAAUAUUAUCUUCCAUGGUCCAGAAGGGAGUUUGCAAGAUUAUUUGGCAUAUCAGAUUGCCCUCUGUCUAAAGCACAAGCAACUGGCUGCUGGAUUUGGCUGUGAAAUAGUCAGAGUGAAGAUAGACGCUGAUUUCAGCAAGGAGCAACUUGCAGAAUUAUUCAUCAGAAAUACUUGUCUGAUCCCAGUGAAACAGCCUUCUGUAAGCAGCAGGGUCAUUGUCAUUUUAGAAAAUUUGGAGAGAGCUUCUUUAUCAGAAUUGCUAGGGGAGUUUCUUCAGCCUCUUGAAAAUCGUGGCUCCGAUAAUCCCUGCAAUGUAAAAAAAGCUGGUGGGGUAACUGAUGCUCAUUACUUUCACGAGAAUUGCUUUCUUCUGGGGACCAUUGCAAAAUCUCGGCUUCAAGGCUCUGACCUGAUGGUUCAGCAACAUUUCCUCUGGGUUCAGCUAAGAUGGGAUGGAGAACCAAUCCAUGGUCUCCUGCACAGGUUCUUACGAAGAAAGGUGUUAAGUAAGUUCAGAGGAAAGAUGCCUCCUCCAUGUGAUCCAGUGUGCAAGAUGGUAGAGUGGAUUAUUGCAGUUUGGCAACAGCUGAACUCAUGCUUAUCAAGACUCGGUGCAGCUGAAGCCCUUGUGGGACCCAAGCAUUUUCUGUCUUGUCCAGUGGUGCCUGGUCACAGUCAUGCAACAGUGAAGUGGAUGUCCAAAUUGUGGAAUGCUGUUAUUGCUCCUCGAGUUCAAGAAGCAAUUCUCUCCAGUGCUUCUUUGAAAAGACCUCAUACACUGGGACAGAUGGCAGUCAAGAAAAGUCCAAGCCAAGGGCAACAGGCUGUGGUGAAAGCUGCACUCAGCAUCCUGUUAAAUAAAGCUGUGCUGCACGGAUGUCCUCUUCCCAGAACAGAGCUGGAUCAAUAUAUAACUGAUUUCAAAGGAGGCAGCUUCCCCCUCUCUGUGGUCUCCAACUACAAGAACUGUCCAAAGAAAAAAGGAGAGAACAUUGCUUGGAGAAAAGUGAACACAAGUCCUCGUAAGAAAUCAGGCCACUCAUCGGCUCCAUCAUGGAACAAAAAAGAGGAAAAUGUAGAAGGUAUCAAGUCAAAGAACAUACUGCAGGAAAAUGGCAACAAAAUGGCUUCCCUAACCAAAAAAAAUCUAGAAGAUGACCCACUAUGUGUGUUAAAUCUGGAGCAGAGACUAUCACUUGGUUCUGAUGAGGAGGUAGACCUUGUGCAGGAGCUUCAGAGUAUUUGUUUAAGCAAAUCAGAAUCUGACAUAAGCAAGAUUGUUGAUACAAAGGAUGACCUGAGGAAGAUGAUCAGUACUUCUCAGAAGGAUCCUGUGUUUUCAGAAAACAUCAUUAAUGCAAAUACGUCAGCAUCGCAGCAGGAUGAGAAUCCUGAGAUCUGUCUUCUCAGCAGCAGUCAAGUCAUGGAAUGCAGCAACAGUAAAGCAAAAACUGAGUCUUUCAAGAGCGGUGCUUCAAGAGCAAAAUCUUUUCUUCCUGUGCCCAAAAAUAAAGUCAGCCAGUCUUCUCAAAACACCAAGCGAAGCAGCAGCAAUACAAGGCGAAUAGAGACAGUCAGUGACUCAAAAGAAGAAAUUUGGAAUGUGCACAAAAAAAUACAGCUUGAAAAAUAUGCAUAAAUAUAGCCGUCUACCAUUCAUCCCCCCUCCCCCAGUCUUUGCAUAAUUUGUUGUCUUGAAGAACAAAUUCAUUCCUAAAUGUAAAUAUUUUUUUCCUCAAGUUAUAAUGUAUCUAUGGGACCACAGUUUAAAUUCUAUGUACAUAAACUGUUUAUAGUGAAAAUAUUAGAUUAUAUUGAAUUGACCUUUAGAAGUGGAACGUGAUAGCUCCAUGAAUGAUUUUCUAAUUUGAAAAUGUUUUAUUGUUUUAAUUAUUUUCAGGGAUGUCACCACAAAAAGUGUGUGUGUGUGCAUAUGCACACGUGUGUAAAUAAAUAUAAAUAUAAAAUAUAUUGGGCUUGAUCCAGAGAGAUCUCUGUACAGAAGAGUUAGCAUCAUGUGCAAUGCUUCUGUGGUGAUACAUAAUCUCCAUGGAAAGAAGGUGUAGAUAGAUGAUUUGAAAACAUUGACUGGCUAUCCACAUUGGUCAUGCCCGGGUGGCCGUUUCUGCAUUUGCAUCACCCUGCACACCCAGAGACUAAUCUGCAGGCCAGCUGUGCUCAUCUGUUUGGGGUUUCCAUGCAGCAGGAUCGUAUGUCGAUUUCUGCAUGUGGAGAACUAAGCAGUAGAUCUGCUUGUGUUUUCUGUGUAUUAUGGGAUCCUGCUGGGUGUUGCUCAUGUGAAAGUUAUAUUCUAUGUGUGUAACAUCCCUGCCACCUGCAGAUCUGGGUUGCUGGACUGAGAUAAUAAACUUUAUAUAGUUCUAUGCUGCGUUUCCUGUGUUAUAUUUCGUACAUUGGAUUGGACAAUUCUAUAUAGCACUGGCUUAAAGCUAAUAUACAUACCUUUACAAGGCAAAAAAAAUACAUUCUGUGUUCACUUUCUGAAAAGUGAAUGGAACGUGGCAAUAAUUGGAAGAAUUGGAACUAACUCCCCAGUUACUUUCAAUCAUGAACUGCAUUAAAUGCUUCAGUUGUACAUAUUAUUCAGUAGUUGUGGGGGGUGUCCCCUCUUAUCUUUUGUCAUUUUGGUUUUGCAUUCCAGCUUCUCUAUGAAUCGUGAUUUGUGCAGACUGUUUUUUUCUAAUUUUUUUUUAAAGAACUCCAGAGCCAUCGUAAUUAUCAAUCAUUAGUUAUUGUUACAUGCCACUUUUUUGGGUGAAAUUAAAAGUAAAAUAACACCUCUAAUUAUAUAAAUUGUUGUAUAUGCUGUAUAAGCCUUUCCCUUGUGUCCAGUAUUAGCAUAUUAUUGUAUAUGCUCUAUAUGCCUUCAUUUUUGAAACACACUAGAGGUUUAGGGCAUUUUACACUGAAACAUCUGUAAGAGUAGCUCACAGCAGUGAUCAGGACAAAGACGAAGAAGCAAUAAUCAUUUAAUAUGCCCAUGUGUGUAUUCUGUCUAAAAUAACAUUUGAACUGCUAUUCAAAUGAAAAAAAGAAUAUUCUCUCAUGCAACGUUUUCUUUUGUACCCUUUCAGUAUUUAUGGGGGAGGGGGGCACAGUUGACCCAAGUGCCCACCUGAUCUUCUGUUUCAAGAUGUCUUAAUUGAGGACCUUUAUGAAAGAUUAAAGACAGAUUCCUUAAGAAUAGGUUUCAUGGCUCAUCUGGCAGAUUACUGGGCGCUUGUUCUAAUAGUGCUUUGGAGAUAUUCAUCCCAACAUAUUUGCAAGUGAGUUUGUAAAAGUAAAGUCAGCAGUUCCAUCAUAUGUUCUGGAAUUUCACCUGUCAUGCCAAUAAAACCCUUUUAU